GGCACCGGGGCACCGGCACUGGGAGAGGGGGUCACCGGCAGCAGCGGCCCGGAAAGGCUCGGCGGAGCCAUGAGGGCCGCCCUGGUGGAGUACAGCAGCUCGGAGGAGGAAGAGGAAGGGAGGCACCGGGGUGGCGGCGAACAGGAGUCUUCCAGGGCCGGCGCUGUGCGGCACCGCCUGCCGCUGCCCGCGGACCUGCCGGGCGAUCUGGAGCCGGAGGAGGCCGUUACCGAUGACAGUUCCCGGCACGGCGGCCGCGUCCGCAGCUUCCCGCACGAGCGGGGCAACUGGGCGACCCAUGUCUAUCUGCCCUACAGGGUGCGGGAGGAGUUCCUGGAGCUGCUGGAACUGCUGGUGUACCGCGCCCGUAACCACGUCCCGUCGCUGUCGGCGAUGGAGGAGUUCCACCUCAGCCUCUCGCAGUGCGUGGUGCUGCGUUACCACUGGAUACAGCCCUUCGUGAGCGGCCUCAGGGCGCGCCUGGCCUCCUUCCACAGGUUCUUUUGUGUAGCUGACCAAGUGAAGGUUUACACCAACCAGAACAAGACGAGGACCUUUAUUGGCUUGGAGGUCACUGCUGGGCAUUUUCAGCUGCUGGAGCUGGUCUCAGAGGUAGACAGAGUUCUGGAGGAAUUUGACCUUCCCACAUUCUACAAGGACCCAUCAUUCCACAUCAGCUUGGCCUGGUGCGUUGGGGACCUGUCGGAGAGGCUGGAAGGGCAGUGCCUGCAGGAGCUCCAGGACAUCGUGGACGGGUUCGAGGACUCGGCACUCCUGCUGCGUAUCCAGUGGGAGCAAAUACAUUGCAAGUCAGGGAACAAGUACUUCUCCUUCCCCUUGAGGUAGGGGCCCUUGGGACUGUGCAUGUCAGACCUGAAGAGCCUGAUGUUUAACCAAGGACAGAUCUGCAGUGCAGCUCGGAACUUUGCAUGCUCUCACGCACUUCCCAUGUUCCUCUUGCCUGCUCAGCAUCUCCGGGCCUCCAGUCAGGCUACUUCCAAGUCUGAGUUGCUGGCUAAGAACUGUGUGUUUGUAGCAGGUUACAUCCUCACUGCUGUAUAUGCAGUAGUCAGCACUGGUGGUUCCAGCCAUCACACAGUUGCUAGUUUUGCCAGUUUUAUAAAAAAAAGAGAAAAUAUAUAAAAGUCAUAAAUGCCUUGUGGGAAGGAGGAAGAAAGUAGCAUGGGAAGCUGUUGCUAAAGGGAGAGUGUCUUGCAUUGUUGUAAAUAGCACUGCCAUGUCACCAGGAGGCUGUGAGAAUUUAAGUAGCAAGAAGCAAGGACA